AUGUCUACUCGACAGAAGCGAGAGGGCUCUGUAGUUCCCAUCUCUUACCAAAAGUUUCUGUGGGUUCAGACGAGAAUGUUCCAGAAAGUCAAUCCAGAUCCUAAGGAAUGUGAACGCGCUUGCUCUGCUCUAGCGAGCGUCGUUCGAGACGGCAAGCAACACCCGUGCUUAAAGGGUCUCAAGAGUGUUUCUAGAAGGUUGUGCAUUGAAGCUGCGUUGCCUUGUGUGACACAAGCGUGUGCAGCUAUGCUAAAGCAGCGGAUAUCUCGAGAUAGACUCACUCCCAGCCUUAUUAAAUUGCUAUCCACGCUUCACUGGAUUCUCCUUGAGUCCCCACUUGCCGACGAUCGGUAUCAGGUCAAAUUUGAGACGAUUGAGGCUUUUGUUAAAGAAAUUGUUCCUUGCAUUGAUGAUGUUGAUGUUGCCAAGGAUCUUGUUGGAACAGGAGAUCUUCGACGAGGAGCUGAACCAAUAUGGGAAUGUUUACAACGACACCUUACACCAGAAGUUCCUUUAUUGAACUACCUGUAUCGAUCAGAUCCAGUCCCAUCUGACACGCAAAGUGCUGUGUCUUCAAUCAGCGGGGUUGGAGUGGAGAGGGUGUCUGUCUUUGACAUAGCAGUCAUGCGAGCUGUUGGUACAACAAGCUGGCCAGAUUGUGCAGUAGAAUGGGCACUGAAAUACCUUUGCACUAAAGUAAUCAGAAGCAAGAUAAAUAAACAAAGCAAACGGAUGGGAGUUCCACCUUCUAUUCAUAUCUCUACGUCUUACUUAGGAAGUCCAGGUAGAAGUAGUCCUUUGCAUCAAAGGCUAAGGAAAAGCCAAAGUGUGGAACCAACCAUAAAAUCGGAGAAAGAUGCUGCAAUGGGCAGUUCUGAAUUAAAAGAUAAAAGACUUGUUGGUCGGACAGAAUCAGAUAGUUCAAUAAUUGUUGCUCAUGUAAGAGCCAAGGAGAAACGAGAACAAAGUUUGAGCAGUGAAAGUCCAAGUAUUCAAUGCUCUAAUCCACUGCUUAAUGAUUACGCAGAAGUCGUAUCUACAGUGCUGUAUGGUAGCUCACUUGAUAGGCCACAGCAGCGAAAACAGAAGGCACUCAAGCAGCAAGAGUCAUCUGUUGUCUCAAUGGAUGUGAGAGAUGAAAUAGAUUUGUCAUAUUAUGUAGCACCUGAUUUGCGGCUUAGCAUCCCAGCAAUCUUUGAUGUCAUCACUUAUCAAAUUCUGUGGAGCCAGUCUGCAUUCAGCUCUCGUGUCUAUGAAGGAAUGCUAAAUCUCAUUCGGGAAUGUCUAUGUGUUGGCUUUCAGAGCUUCUCGUCACGACAUCCCAUUUCAGCAAUAGAUACUGCUGCUCCCUAUAGUAUAUCUUCUCCACCUCCAACACGAUCUGUGAGCUAUAAUCAAGAAGAAGAAUUCCAGUUUCUACGUAAGGCUCUCUGGACAGUGCUUCUCUUGUUGCGACAUCUUGGCUGCUGUGAACAUGGUUGCAAAUAUGGGAUAAAAGGAAGGCAAGGUCGAAGAUUACAUGCUUUAGUAUCAGAAUGUCUUUCAAUGAUUGCUCAACACAAUUUGUUAGAGUUUAAGAAACAUAUUCGAUGUAUUAUUGUUGACAAGCCUCUGGUUGAGGUUCUCUCAUGUCUCCAUGCUUUCUUCUGUUUCUGCACCAUUGAGAAUGACACAACACUGCAGAAUUGUGUUCAAUCUUUAUCUACAUUGAAGACAUCUAUUCGAAUUAAUGAAGAGGGAGGGGCAGGCAGUUUUGAUGAUUUGUCUCAUCUUCAAAUGAGUGACGUGCAAAUUCCAGUUGGAUACAAAAAGGGAAAGGAGAAUGUCGAAGUAGGGAUGGUGAAGAUUGUAUUAUCUCAUUUGACGAAUAGAUUAAUGACAGAAGAUAUGGGAAAACCGGCUACAUUUGGAAUCUCGCAACAGUUUUGUCUCUUCAUCACAUAUUUAAAUGCCCAUCAUGACAAGCUCCUAAAACGUGUUGCAUUUGCUUCUCUCUUUAAUAGCAAGCAUUUCAAGUCAUGUUUUCUUCAAACUAAAAAACUCAGCAGUCAAUUAAGUGGAGAUUUGGAGUCAUUUGCACGACCCAGCACUGAUUUGCCAACUUCGCCAUUUUCCCAGAACACUGCUAAUUCUGAUACUCCUCGCAUAAACAGGGUUCAAUCGGCAAAGAAGAUGUGGAAGAGACUAACAAAGAGCAAAUCAAAGACGAAAUCUUCAAUCAGUCAACGCAGUAUAGAUCGCAGUGCAAGUUCAUCAUUCCUGCCAGGAAGGAGGAGGCAUAUCAGUAUAGGCGAGUUAGAUCCUCUAAAGGCGGUUGAUUUACAGUCAGUGCGGUAUGGAUUGAAGCAGUUCUCUAUUCUCCUCAGUUGCUCAGAGCUUGGAGCUUUGCCAAGUAGCAAUACACUUGCUGCUUUGCUGGACAUGGAUGCUCCUGUUCUUCCAAGAGCUGCUAUUUUUCUUGAAUGUUCAAAUCUCAUUUAUCGUUGUCGCAAUGGUCAUUACACAGUGUGGAUGAAUGCUAACUCUUUACGAGGUGCAGGACUUGCCAUCAAUAUCUGGCACUGGGGACUGGCACUUGGAAAUAAGCUUAGUGAGAUCAUCACAUCAGAGAAGGAGAAGGAGGAGACUUGUUUGAAAAAGAUAGAUGAGUGUAGAGAAAUGUCACAGUCUUUGGAAGGAGAACCUCCAAAGGAUGACGGUGAGAAACAGUGCCCUGCUGCACUUCGAAUGAUUUGUUGUCAGUUGCUGCUGGAGAUUACUGCUUUUCUUCGUGAGUGUCCUCGUGUUUUCUCACGAAGAAAGAAGAAGUCAAGUAUUUUUAGCUCAGGGCAGUUCAGCCCCAAUUACUCGACUCGUUUUUCCAGUUCCCGGACAGCAAGCUCUCGGUCUGGACGGGAUGGAGAUAGGUUCUUUGUUAGAAGGCCAAGUCACAGUCCUGGAGUACAGAGUGGUCGUCAGGCAACUUCUGAAAGAGAAAGAGAUCGAGAGAUUGGACAAGAGAAAGAAAUGCGUCGUCAUGUUGACACAGGCAUUACUGAAGCUGUUCUUGUUGGUCCAAGUAACAUGGGAAUGUUAUCUGUAUUGCUCACUUCAAACGCUUCUGCUCCCUCAUCUCUUUCUGUUUCCAGAGAAGGACGUCGUCUUAGUGCAGCAUCCUCUAUAGCUCAUGGAGGAGCCACAUCUGGUGUCAGUCGUCGUAUUGAAAGGGCUGUGAGUUUCAGUGGCAAAGCUGGUCCUGCAAUUGAUGCAGAAGAUGGUUAUCGGCGUUACGGCAACAGACAUUCAAAUCGUCGUAACACAUUAUAUUAUGACGUGGAUCUUGCCAGUUGUUUGAGUGAUGGAAGUGAAGAUGAUGCUGAUGGAUAUCUUAGUGAUAGUGAAAAGUAUGGGUCUGGUCAGAAUAGCAGCUUUCUUCGGUCUGAGCGAGAAAACUUCCCAUGGAUGUCUGUUAUAGCAGACAUCAUCAAUGGCAUGUCAACGUCCUGUAACCAUGAAUACUCAUGUGAAGAGACAUGUGUCAGGCGACAAAAGAAGCGUUGUCUGAUUUUGCUGGAAUCUUUGGAAGAAUUAUAUGGCCAAACAGAGAAACCAGAGAAAUAUCGUAAAAGGAGUGAGGUUCAGACAGGUCACACAGAAAAAGGAUUUAGUUUUACUGAAAGUAGUCAAUAUCAACUUGGCUUACGAGACAGCGUUAGUGGACACCAUAGUCUUACCCAUUCCAUCGUGCAGCAUUCAAUAAUUUCAGAGACAUUGGGUCUGUCACGUGGUGGGCUUGGUCUAUCUGUUAACUUUGAUAUCAAAACAGAACGAUAUUCAGGAAGAGCAAGGGCACCAAAACUUUCUACUGUUAUUCACAAGACUCUUGGCACAAUUGCCAACCUAGCUAUUGGUGGUGUGAGCAGCCGUGGUAAUGAGGAUGACGAAGACGUAGAAGAUACAGCACAGCCAAGGUUCAGACAGUCGAGGUUACAUGAGCUUGAAUCACAGGGAUAUGAUAAUGAUGCAGAAAAGAAAUUUAAUCAGGAGAGAAUUGAUUACUUGAGAAAUCAGGUAAUUGGUCUUUGUCACUGUGGCUUCUCAGCAUAUAUUGUCGCUGCCCCUGUUCUUCCUGAGUCAUUGUUUCAAGUGAUUGUGGACAGUGCAUGGAACAUGCUAUUGGAUUCCAAUCAUGACCUCAGCUCAUCAGCAGCUUGCGUUUUUCUUCUUGCAUCAGCCAAAGUGGGGAAAGCAGCAGAAAGUAAACUGAUGGAUUCUUUGGAUAGUCCAGACCCAUUGACACGUUUAAAUGGCAUUGCCAGGUUUGGUGUUUUGUGGGAGAACCGUUACCAGGUGUGGCCUAGAAUGGAGAAGGAUGCCCAGAAGAAAUUCAAAGUUCCUCCACUGAAUAUCGGAUUCACAUUACCAUCACCACCUCUUGGAUGUGCUGGUGUGUUACCUCCUGACACACCAUGGAAAGUGCAGAGGGAGACAAAGAGUGGACAAGCAACUGGAAGCAAGAUGGAAGAUGGAAUUCAAUCUGUCAAGGAGAACAUUGAGGACACUAGAAGAGACACUAAAAAACAAGGAAGGCAAAACUUCAACAUGCGCAGAAUUCCGAUCAUACAGAAAGCUGGAAUUGAUUCCGCUGCUGUAGACGUGGAAGGUGAUGGUUCUCAUGAUGUUGAACGAAGUCGUCAUUAUGCUUUGUUCCCUGCUGCUAUCUACUCUGCUAUUCCACGGCUUAUUCAACUAUUGGACGCUGCUGUUGUUGGUGACAACACAAACACAACAAUUGCAGAAGCAGUUCAAUGUGUUAUCUGGAAAUGUCUUGUUGAAGAACCGGCUCUCUUCUUCAGACCAUUUCAAGAGAGAGCUGUGAAAUCUGGGCAGCAGGGUGAAAUUCUUCAGUCAUUGCGUUGUUUGCUACUGUACUUUCCUGUUCUUCCUCCAGCUGCAGCUCAGUUUGUCUACAACCAUAUGAUGGGUGUUAUUACGUAUUAUGCAAGUGGAAAGGGUCGUCUGAAGGAGAACUGUCAGGAGAUUGUGUCCGAUGUGCUGUCUGUCAUAUGGCAGGUUGUGCCUAGUGUGAAGGGACUCAAUUUGAAGACUUUAAAGGAGCAGUUGAAGAGAGAACAAUGUGAUGUGACUGUUCUUAUUACAGCUCGCCAGAGUACUGCCAGAGCUCUCUGUGUUUCGUGUCCCUCAUUACAUGGUCAGGCAAAUGGUGCAGCAAAUGUUGCAGUGAUUAAGAAUGUUGAAUCUGACCAUACAUUUCAAAGCAUUGUUGAGGCAGCAGCAAAAGAUCUGAAGUUAACAGCUAAAGACUACUACUUAGAAGAUCAAAGAACUGCUGCUGCACUUGUUGAUCAUCAUUAUGUUGGAGAUCAUUAUUUCCAUCGAAGAGAGUCAGAGUCACAAUAUCAACUUAAACUUGUUCCAAUUAGCAAUCAGGAUGCAGAAGUAGAGGAGAAGAAACAGAGAUUUGCUUUUUUGCAUGCUCAGUCAGAACUGUGUCGUGUACUUCAUGCUCACUCACUAAUUGAAAGUUGUGUGGCAGCAGAACCUGGACUCAUUUUGAAGGGAAUGACUCCCACAGAGUACUUACAACAUCAUCUGGAUAUCUUGUAUGGAGACUUGUCUCGACAGUCAUCGUUUCCACGGAAAGCUCUUGAGUCAAACUUUGAACUGUACAGUGGUAUCAGUGGCAGAGAACUAUUUGGAGUUGAUCUUCUUCACAAACAAGUGUGGGUAGAGUUUAUCUGGAAAAUGUUUCAUCACACUCCUGAAUCAUUUCCUUGGGGCAAAGAUGCCGUUCAUUUUCUGAAUGUUAUUAAUGGCACUCUCCUACUUCACUGUGAAGACCAGUCGAUGCUUCGACUCUGUCUUUCUUGUCUUCUCGGUGCUAUUCGUAAAUUUACUCAUCUGUUUCCACGUGAGGGUUAUGCACAUAUCAUUCCUACUAUUCUGCGAGUUUAUGCUGCUCACUCGGCAUACAACUUUGUUGUCAAGAGUGUGGAGUAUUUUUGGGUGGAAUGUUAUGCUGCUCAUGGAUGUCAAUUUUUACUGGAGAUGUUAUCAGCUGCUGCUCCUCUGUUAGUUACAAAUCGUGUCCCAUACUUUGGUCAAGAGCAGCAGAGGCUGCAUUCACAAUACAAGGUUCUUCCAGUUCAUCUUUAUAGCUUGUUGAAUUGUCUCGAAAAGAAUGAAGCUGAGGAUGUGUUGCUUUUGGAGGAGAUGAUAGCGGGCAAUAAACAGGCAAUGAACACAGAAGAGAGGCAAAGGAGUAUGACACAGGACAGUAUCUUCAGCAACUCUAGUUCUACAUUAGAGGAAGACAAUAACCAAAAUAGAUUUACUAUGGACACUGCAUUCAGAUUGAUAGUCUCAGUCAUCACCUUUGAUCCAGAGUCUCUGCGUGCAUCACAAAUGCUGUAUUUACUUGAUGCACUGAUGCCAUAUCUUUUGAGUGGCAUUGACAGACAAACGCUAGCGAAGUACGCACAAUCAAUGCAAGUUCUAAUCACUGGAUGUUCAUCUCUUAAAGAAGCAUUCUCACGAGCUCGUAAUACAGGUGGUAAUGCCAGUACAUUUGCUCUCAACUCUCCAUUUGCCACUCCUCACUCCAGCUUGCAUAAUUUCGGCCACAGCACCCAACAGGUACAACCUUCACAGGCAACACAGCAACAUGGCAGCUCCAAUACUUCCCAUUUAACAAAUAAGUUAAGGACAGGACGCACAAUGAGUUUAGACCCGGAACUGAUAACUAGACCAUCUAACAAUAGUGCUAAGCAACGAUACAGUUUGUUGCCCUCUGUUCAACUGUUUUCAAAGAAUCAGGGAAGCAGUGAUAGGACUGCAGCGGAUCAUGAGAGAGCUAGACAACAAGCAGCAGAGGAAGGAACUCUGCACAGAAGUCGAGCAUUAUCUGAUGAGGUGGCAAAGAGAAAGGCGAAUAUGGACAAGCAGCGAGAGGAACGGUUGAGAGAUGAAUUUAGAGAAAGUAGAGACUCGUUAUUGUCUGUGGCAUCAGAGUUCAUUUCUCAUAGCUCCAAGACUCAUGCAAGUCGUCGUCCUAUUUCAAUGUUGAGAGAUCCAAAUGAUUUUCUGUUAUUGGGACCAACCUGCCAUAGUAUUCUAGCUAAUGUUGCUAACUCUCUUCUUAAAUUGGCUCCUUUUGAUCCUUCAACAAUGGCCUGCAAUGGAUUGAAAAAGUAUAUGUUGGAAUUUCUGCCCAGCACUGCUGAGAUAACAUGGUAUGUAGACUUUACAGACAACGGUUAUCAAGAGGCCAUGUAUAAGAUCAUCAGACGUCUCUUAAAGAUAUUUCAACAUCUAAAUUUUAAGAUGCCAUUGGAUUGGGAUGCUCUUUCGGCUCUACUCAAAGGUCCUUAUUUGUGCAUGCAGAAACAACCUGCUCUUGGCCACUUGCCUCCAAUGAGGGAGCUGAUUGAGACUGUUGUACGUAUUGUCACACGCAUUCAAGGAAGUUUGUUUAGUGGCAUAUCAAAUAAUAGUGGAACAAUGACAAAAACUGAAACAACGACCAGUCAACGUCACUCUGGUGUGCCAACACAGAAAGUUCCAUUCUUUAGAGACGAGCCGCCACCAUUCUUUUGUGAGUCAGUUGUUCGCCUUGUCACAAUGCUUAUGAUGUCAAUGAAGGACCAACACACUCAAGAUCAGUUUACUUUGGAGAAAGUGUGUGGGAGUUCUAAAGGCUUUGGUGAAUUAAGUAGAAAUUCUGCAAGAAUUUUGAGAAGUCUUUUGCUGCCUCUGUGUAUUCGUCUGGGAUGCGGAAGGAGUGAUUGGCCAAAAGCUACAUCUCAAGAUGUUCGCUAUGCAGUCACCUGCCUUCUUCGCACUCUUCUGUCAGGAGACAAUACAACUUCAGGAAUUCAAGGGGUUACUCUGCGACCAUUGUUAGUUGGUGCUCUUUCUACUACCUCAGAAGCAAAGGCUGACCAAUUUCGAAUUAAAGAUGCCACAGCAGAACAGCCACUAGAUGAGAAAGUAGCAAGAGUUGUAUUUCACGGUCUGAAGAUCAUUGUUGCUUGCUUUGAGAAGCAGCUGUCAUCUCAUUGGCAUCGAAUAGCAUCUGCAAUAAAACAGUUUAGCAAGAAGCCCUAUUCAGACUGCCAGCCGUUCUGGAAUUUUCUUGAAUAUCUCACUAAAGAGAAAGGUCCUCUGUUUAUCCAGCUCAAAGCCUUUAUUAGAAGCAAGGUGUCUCAUCCUCCUUCUGGUUAUUAUGACGUUGCAAGGAACAUUAACUUGCUUAUGAAUAAGGCUGGUGGAACAAGAACUUGCCAUGGCAGUCUGUUGCAGCAGUUAGCUAUGGAACUAGCAAAAAUCAAUGAUCUGAAUCCACCACAAUGGGAUGCUGACACUACAGACAUUGUUUCUAUUGCUGCUCUACAACCACCUCCUAAAAAAAGGAAAAAGAUAACCGCUCCAGUCAUGGCAUCUCCUUAUGUACAGAGAAGUGUGAGUACUGUUGAUGCAAUAGAGGAAACUGCAGAUAUUGACGUAGGUGUUGACAAUGCGAAAGAAAGGCGUCCUCCUGGCAUUCAACGAUUUGUAUCAGAACCAGGCCCUACUCGUAAUCGUGCAGCAAUUCGAGAAAGUCUGACUGGCAAUGACUCAAAUCUGAGAGUUCGUGUUGAUGUCCACCAACCACUGCUGUCUCCAGUGCUUGAACACCAACCAAGUCACACACUUUUGUCAACAUCUUUAGUUCAGGAUGAUGCUGACAAACCGCGGUACAUUGGAUCCUCUUUGUUAGACAGCAGUUUGAAAGGGAAAGAAGACAAUGAGAAGGCAGCACCACAGUCACAUGCUGUUGGUAUAAUCAAUAAUGGUGGCACAAUGGAUAGUCCUACAGCAAGUGCAAGCUCGUCAAUCCUCACUAGUGGUCAUGGGUCAUCAGAUGAAAUUGAUGUAUGGCUGUGCACAGUUGAAGGCUUAGCUCUAAAACCACCAACUUUGAGACAAACAAUAUCAACAGAAAGAUCUGCUGCUGACAGUCAGUCCCAAGCUGUGAAGCACAAGGCAGUUGCCCAAAAAGAAGAGUCACGGAAACGACUGGUCAAACAAGAAACGUUUGAUUUUGAUGACAGUCCUAUCGGACAUCAGGCUGACGAGGAGGUGUCGGAAGAAAAGAGUUCAUUGUUGGAGUUAACUGAUGUUCCUGAAUAUCAGGACAUGGCUUCACUUGUAAGACAUAUGCUUUUUGAAAAUCCAGACAUGAGAGAAUCUUAUCUGUAAGAAUUUAUAUAUGUACAAUUUAAGUAAAUUCAAUUUUAUAAGAACAGUAGGAUUUUAGUAUAAAAUGUUAUCUAAAGGAAAAUUCCAAUGCUCAUUCUGCACUAUGUGCUAAAUAUAGACGGCCGUAGAGUGUCACGUGA